CAGCUGCUUCCUGGUUCUCCACGUGCUGCCAGCAGCGCUGGAGCUGCCCGAGCCGGAGCGGAGCCGCUGUUCUCAGCUGCAGCCAGGAUCUGCCCCCGGCCCCGCUGGGAUCCAGGCCUUCCAUUCUCCUGUUAAAGAAGCACUCCCCAGGCUCCCUCUGCCUGUGUGACUGGCCAGCAGGAGGUGGUGUUAACUUUCUAGCCACUUCUCACACUCUGUGAGACAGGCUGCAGAAUGUUUUGCUCCAGCUCAUCCCAGCCUGGCGUGGGACAGGGAAGAGAAAUGGCUGCAGUGGAGUCAGUCCAGGGGCUGGUGACCUUCAAGGAGAUGGCUAUGUAUUUCACCAGGGAAGAGUGGGCUCUGCUGGACCCCACUCAGAGAGCCCUCUAUUGGGAUGUCAUGCAGGAGAACUAUGAGACUGUGACCUCGCUGGGCCAGAGAAUAACAUCCAUGUUUCGCUGCAGAUCAUCUCGUCCUCCCAGGGGCAAGGAAAUGGCUGCAAUGGAGCUGGCUCAGGGGCCGGUGACCUUCGAGGAGGUGUCUGUGUAUUUCUCCAGGGAAGAGGGGACUCUGCUGGACCCCACUCAGAGAGCCCUCUACAGAGAUGUCAUGCAGGGGAACUAUGAGACGAUGGUCUUGCUGGGUAAGGAUUCCUGUCCCUUCUGUUCUUGGAAGGGGAAAUGAAGAGUGAAGGUUCAUGCCACCCCCACAAUGCCAUCUGUACCCUGUCCUGUUUCAGCAUCACCCCAAUAGGCCAGUAACAUACAUCCUACCAGAGACCCUCCUCUGCUGCAGAACACUUUGGGAACAGAGCACAGGAGCAGCAUCACACAAUGUCAAAUAUCUCCUCUUUACUCAAGUAAAACUGGGGUUAGGUCCAGCAUAAUGAAGAGAAGCUUCCUACCCCCAGCCUUCUCUCAAACCCUGAGCCUUCUCUACCCAAACCAGAAUGUGCUUGGGGUGUAACAAGCAGGCGGCUGGAGUCAGAGCUGCCAGUCCAGGGUUACUUAUCAUACAGACACUCAGUGCGUCCUUGAACGCUGGCUGGGAGUAUCCAGACAGGGGAGCUCCAGCAGCAGAACACUGAAUCUCACCCAGGAUUACAGAUGACACAACUCCUCGCUGAUCUGGAUUGCACCCCAGCAUGUGAAAAUGGCCUAGGUUGGUAGUGACAUUUCUUGAGACAUGGAGAGUCUUGCUCCCAUAUCACCAGGUGUAAUAAAAAUAACAGGAAAGGCCAAAUAUGGAAAACUGAUUCUUCAGCUUGCUUUUGACCUGCAUCAUAUUUUGCAAUAUAUUCCAAAUAAGGAAAUUAACGUGCAACGUAUGUGUCAUUGUUUGUGGUUUUAAGCUGUAAAAGGCUUGUGUGAUUUUUAGCUCGGGAACAGUAUUCCAAUAGCUGUCGCCCCCUGCGUGCUUGUAACCAAGAAAAGAGCCUCAGGCUGAGCUGAUUCAAAUAUUAAUCCUGUGGUCGUUUUCCACAACAGCCUCAAUAGGUCCCUGUGAUGGAAUGUAAGGCUACAUCUAGACUACCCACCGUAUCGGCGGGUUAAAAUCGAUUGCUCGGGGAUCGAUAUAUGGCGUCUCAUCUAGACGCCAUAUAUCGAUCCCCGAGCGCGCUUAUAUCGAUUCCGGAACAACACCAACCCCAACGGAGUUGCUGAUUUGACAGGGGGAGCCGCGGACAUCGAUCCCGCGCGGUGAGGAUGGGUGAGUAAUCCGAUCUUAGAUAUUCGACUU